GUGUAUUAUAGAGUAGGUUACAAUGCAGUUGAGUGACUUUAAACAACUGCGUUUUUUUCCUGAUCACCAUUGCAGUCGACUGUAAAUUCUGGGUUGAUAAACAGACUGAAACCCAUGUACGGAGAGCCGCGUAUAUUCUGGAAUAUUCAAGAUCAUUUAUCAAUACCUCUGAACUGAUUACCGCUUCCGUCUCUGUAGUUCCGCCUAGAAUUAUUUGCGGGUAGAUGGUUGUAGUUCGUGGACUACAAGUCCCAUACUCUUUUAGACUUGACAGAUAAGCGGAGCAAAAAUUCCACGCGAUUAGGAUAGAGUAAGCAAGAGAGGGAGAGAGAAGUCGCGUUUUCUGACUGAGGUAAAGGUAUGACCGAAACGCACGGCGUAAGCAACAAAAUCUGUGCAAAAUGGUGAAGGAUCAAGAGGUCGAACGCAUUGCGAAGAAACUGGACAAAAUGGUGCAGAAGAAAAACACGGAUGGCGCUAUCGAUUUGUUAAGAGAACUUAAGAAUAUGAAGAUGUCGCUGGAGACGCUACAGUCCACAAGGAUCGGCAUGUCUGUGAAUGCUGUGAGGAAGCAGAGUUCUGAAGAAGAGGUACAAACUUUGGCCAAGUCUCUCAUAAAGGUCUGGAAGAAACUUCUGGAUGGCGCAGAGGGAAGAGUGGAGGAGAAGAAGAAAAGUGCCUCACCUCUUCAGUGUUCAUCUAAGGACAGUCCUGGCUCCAGUGACAGCAAGAAGUCAGAACCGCCUAAGACCCCUUCCAGCCCGUCUACUCCGACCACCCCCACCACCCCCACCACCCCAAAGUCCACGUCCUUCCCCCCGGCCCCCGUCACCACCGACAGCGUGCGCACCAAGUGCAGGGAGCUCCUGGUGGUAGCUCUGCAGGUUGGCGAUGACUACAAAACGAUUGGAGCCGACUGCGAUCAUCUAGCAGCCCAGAUUGAAGACUUCAUCUAUCAGGAGUUCAAGUCCACGGACAUCAAGUACAAGACCAGGCUGAGGAGCCGCAUCUCCAACCUCCGAGACCAGAAAAACCCCGACCUGCGGCGCAAUGUUCUGUGUGGGAACAUCUCACCCGAAUGCAUGGCCAACAUGACCGCAGAGCAAAUGGCGAGUAAUGAGCUGAAGGAGAUCAGGAAAAACAUGACUAAGGAGUCCAUCCGGGAGCACCAGCUCUCUAAAGUGGGCGGCACCGAGACGGACAUGUUCAGCUGCGGCAAGUGCAAGGGCAAGAACUGCUCCUACACACAGGUGCAGACGCGCAGUGCUGAUGAACCCAUGACCACCUUCGUGCUGUGCAAUGAGUGUGGGAACCGAUGGAAGUUCUGUUGAGUGGAUGGACAAUCUGGAUUCUUCAACUAGAAAAAAAAUGGAGAACUACAUUUGAAGAAAUACUUUUGUUACGAUCCUUUUAGUAAAAUAUACAUGCUUUUUUGUCAUAACGCUGUAAUAUAUUCCACAUGGAUGCUCUUCUCUAAAAGACAAUAGAUGUACAUUAUUUUGUGUUUUUUUUUUCUACCAGUAAUAAUUCAUUUCUUUGUUAAUUUUUUAUUAACCAUUGGACAGGCUUUGUCAGCCUCAGCUGUUUUGUUUGCUCUUAAAGAUGGCUUGUGCCUUUCUUUUGCCACUUAGCCCCUCCUCUUCCAUGGUGCUCCUAGUUUUACACAACUUUCUGCUGGUUCUAGAGGUGUUGUGUGAAAGUGUUCUAAAGCUUGCAUACGUAGAUUAUGCAUACUCCAUACCUCUUUUUUGUAUUUGUUUUUGAUUGCCUUCUCCAAUUAUGGAAGAGAUGUUUUUUGAGUAUGAAGUGUAAAAAAACAACAGACUGCUGAGAGAGAAUGUGUGUUUUUUUUCAGGUGUGUGUGUGCGUGUGUGCGUGUGUGCGUGUGUGUGCGUGUGUGUGUGUGUGUGUGUCUGUCUGAGAAAGAGAGAGAAUUCCUCCGUUUAUACUUUGAACGAAGGUAAUGGCAAUAACAGCCUAGUGAACCUUGUUGAGCAGGUUGGUGGACUUUGAUAAAUUUCACAUGAGCACCUGUGAUUGCAUUAAACGAAGUCUGACUCCUGCUA